AUGUCUUCUUCGCAGCAGCUGGAUGUUGAGCAGGCACAGAUGAGUAGCCGGCAAACCCUGAAUGAAAACACACGCUCCCUUAUGCGAGAUUUAUUUGUUAGCAUCUGCUUCCCAACUGCUCCUACUACUACUGCAGCAGCACCUGCCCCUGCUACUGCUGCAACCACAACUUCCAGCAAGGGUACCUUUACAUUUGUUUCUACACAGCCAGAACCUCUGGCUACCAGCCAGAAGGUAUUUACAUUUGGCCCAGCAGUACAAAACCAGAACACAACCACUGUUCCAUUUGGAGGCUUUGCCAUGGCCAACACAGUUUCUACUGCUGCUCCUGCUACCACACAGUCGAUCUUCACCUUUUCAAAGUCAGCUUUCGAAGCCCCGGCAGCUCAGACGACCUUUGGCUCCUCAGCAGCAGCAGAUGCUCCAUUCCCUUUUGGAGGCAAUGGAGCAUCAUCCACACCUGCUUCUAACCCCACCGCGGCCCCUUUCACCUUUGGGACGACUCCUGCCACCACAGCUGCCCCCUUUGGGACACCAGCUAAACCAACAUUUGGACCCAGCACCACUGGUUUUGCUUUUGGUGGCACUCCUGCACCCUCAGCUCCACCAAGUUUCGGUGCAGCAACCCAGACUCAGAGCUCCUCCACAUCCACCUUCCCGUUUGGCAGUGCUGCUCCUCAGCCGGCUCCUGCUGGUCCAGCUCAGCCGGCAUCUGGUGGAUUUAACUUUGGAGCUGGAAUGCCGUGCCCUCAGUUUGGAACACCAGUUUCCAAUAAUCCUGCACCACCGAUGGGAGGCUUCAACUUUGGGUCUGCUGCUACAGACAAACCAACUUUUGGAACAUCUACUCCAUCUUUUGGCCAGAAUGCUGCUGCAGGUCCAAUUCCCUUUGCAAGUCCUGGGACUCCAGUCCAAGGCUUCAAUGCUGUUCAAUUUGGUAAGGCAUCAUCUGUGCUGUUUAUUAAAUAG